UGCAGCAUAAACCAUAACAUUGUAAGGCAUAAAAAGCGGGAAUCGUCACUCGCAUAUACAAUAAUAUAAGGGAAUAAUACAUAAAUAACUCAACUCUACAUGGAAACAUUCCAUCGCGAUGAGUUCCCUGAAUUCAUUCAUGCCUAGUUAUUGUUUGAUCGAUAGACCUUUAUUUUCUAGUUCAGUUCUUAGUCCCAGUCGAGUAAGAGUUGUGAAAAAUUUUCAUUAUCCAAAGUUUAAACUUUAAAAAUCAUUCAAUGGCUUCAAUACAAUCGGUUGUAACAUUUGAGAAGCCACUAAAGCAUCUCUCACUCAAUGAUUGGAACCUGAGAAUAUCACAGCUAAGCAGCAAUUCUGAAACGAAGCGAUUUGAUGCCUUCAACUUGAGGCAAACGUCAAGAAAUUUAAGGAAUGAAAGCACUGUCGAGUCUUUUUGGUCAACUUACUAUAAUAAUGAGAGAUUUGCUGACCGAGUCGCUGAACUUGAUCGUUGGCACCAAACGAUGGUCGAGUGCUAUAAGCGAAUCCAAAAAGAGAUUAAAAUGUUGCAGGAUGAAAAGGAGAUGACCGAGAAAUGUUUGGAAUCUCAAAUUACACCACUCAUUGUUGUGUCGGAGUGCAUAUCGCAACGUGAUGUACGUCUACCACCUGAACUUACUUAUGACAGUGUCGAUGAAGAACUGCAAACUGAGUUGUGCAUUGUGGAAAGCAAUAAACGCUUAUUAAGGGAUCAGUGUCAAGCAGCAUGGAAUAAAUUAAAUGAAUUAAUUGAAGUCCGUUUCAAGUUAAAUAUCGAUAUAGAGGAUAAACGCGAGGCACACGACAUUGACAGUGAACAAAUGGCAUUGAAUAAGGAGUGCUCGUCUAUUACCUAUAAAGUUGAUCCAUUGCGAGUUCCUCGUAAUGCCUGUACGUACAAUGGAUGGCUCGAGAAUUGUAAGGAACUCAAGCUCUUAUCCGACAAAGAAUUGAAGGAAUCUUAUGCUGUACGCGAGUCUCUGUUUGUGGCACGAGAAAAGGCUAAAAACUUGUUGCAUGCACAACAGGAAAAGACGGAGCAUACGAUUCGUAGGCGCAUAUUUGAAACACAACGUCAACGUAAUGAAUUGCAAUGGCAAAAGAAUAAGACCCAAGAUGAAUUAGAAAAGGUAGCACGAGAGAUAGGUGACUUGCAUGAAACGCUGAGAGUCAAGGACAAUGCUUUGAAAUUGACUGAGACACGUUUGGAAAAUAGAACAAAUAGAUCCGGCAUGGAACUUGUUCUAGACUCUGUCUAUGACGGCUUAUGUGACGAAGUUGUUCAAUUACGUGAAAUUCGUAAGGUUUUGAAGGAGAGAAUAUUGAAUGCCAAAGGAAUGCACAACUAUUUGGAAAUUCAACUGGCUAAAAUUGAUCAAGAUUUACAAAACAAAGAACAUUCACUUGCCACUGAUGUGAAGGGCCUCGAUAUGAGAAUGCGAUUGAAACAAAAUUCCUGGAAUACUUCGGAUCGUGCAAUUGAGUUCAGCAAUGUUGAGAAUCAAAUUUCGAGAAAUUGAAAAAAAGUUUUUAAUUGAUAAGGAAUUUUAAAAAUCAUUAAUAUGCCAGAUUAAUUAAUUUAUCAUGGUCUUUAAUUAUCUAAUUAAUUUAUUCAUGAAUUGGUUGCGAUAUUCGGAUUUUUCAGUGCAUAUUUUGCAAAGCAAGUGUCAUUCCAUGUUAAAUUAUGUGCUAUAGAUGGGGAUUUGCUGUCACAUCGAUGUCCAUCGAGCAUGAUUAUUUAUGGGAAACUUAAUUAAUAAAUUGUAAAGAAGUUGCUUUAUGGCAUUGCCUGAAGAUUGGUUAAUUCAAUUAAAAUUGAUUUAAAAUUUUAACGGUUUUAUGGAAUUUGAAUUUCUCAACCCAAAAAAUUUCAAAUUCAAAAAUACAGUUAAAAUCUUAAAAUAGAAUUUAAAGCAGCAAAUCAAGUUUAAUGCCCUUAAAAAUCUCUCAUUUCAUUCGCAUGUCGCAACCAGUUCAUGAUAUACACCCAAUAAGAAGAAAAAUAUUCAAUACCAAUGUAUUUUGAAACAAUUUUUUUUUUCCUUAUCACGAUCUUAAAUCUUGUCCUAAAGUCAAUGGC